CAUUAUCUCUUUUUAAGCUGGAGAAUCGAAUGCAAAUCUGAAUCACAACAAAUGUCAAAAAAUUCGAGUCGUGAUGUCGUUCGAAGUAGAGCAGCAUUGGAACGAAACUUUUCCUUGUAUCACAAAACCAGAAGUUGUUGGUUAUUUCAGUAUAAAUGGACAACGUGAAUAUUUACCGGAUUUGUCACAACUGAAAUAUUUUAAUGCUCCGCGAAACAGUCGUGGUGAAGGUGUCGAACUUAACCUCAAUCAUGGGAUUGAUAAAGUAAUACGUAAACCGGAAUCAGCUUCUGGAGAAAAAAUAAAUCAUCUUCUACACUGGAUUAUUUAUAAUUCUAGUCAAAUUGAAGCCCCACCUGGAUACGGACGAUGGCUGAAACCAGAAUUUGUUUGUUAUCGAGGACUAUUGAGUGCUUUAUGGCGAACACCAUUUGAAGAAAGCGAUGGUUGGAUAGUGUGUGCAGUUAAAUUUAAAGGUACUAUUUACCUCUGCGGAUUUGAUACAGAAGAAAUGAAGCAGAGGAAGGAAAAUGCAACAGCCAGGGAUUUAAUGAUGUCCUCCUGGGGUUUCAAAUUCGAGCAGUAUGUUCUAUCAGAUUCUCCUGAGAAAAAGCCGGAUGUCUCAGAGCCAGUUAACGAAUCUGAAGAAUUCUGCUGCAUGUUCUCUUGUGAGUUUGGGGACAAUUCGAUGCUGUAUGGAGCAGAGAUGGAUGGAAUUGAGACAACAGAGCCGUUGAAAGAACCCGUUCCAUGGAAAAAUGUGAAUUUUAUAGAACUUAAAACCAACCGAAUUAUUGAAACUGGGCGGCAAGAUGUUUUCUUUAGAAAAAAACUUUUGAGAUGGUGGUGUCAGUCUUUCUUAGUUGGUAUUGAGAAUAUCUUGUGCGGUUUUAGAACCAAUAACGGAAAAGUUAUUGAUUUGAAAAGAUACAAGGUUGUGGAUCUGAUAAAAAUGGCUAAGAAUUAUUGGGAGCCCUCCCCCUGUAUGAACUUUUGCGACGCUUUCUUGAGUCACAUAAAGACUGUCGUUACUGAGGAUUACAACAAAUGCAUUUACAAAUUUACCUGGAGGCCUGGAGGAAAAAUCGAAAUGAAUAUUCUAAAUAGCGAAGUCGCUUCAGGUCUCGGAGCGCAAUACGCGUUUUUACCUCAGUGGUUCACAGAAAGAGCAGCCGAAUUGCAACGGAACUAAGGUGAUAUUAUUUUAGCCGACAGUCCAUUAAAAAUGUAAAACUUGUCAAGUUAGGAAUUAAAAUUAAAUUAUUUA